GCAGCCCCGCCUCCCUGUGGGGCGGGGGAGAAGCACUACCACCCGUCGUGUGCACUAUGUGUCAGGUGUGGCCGGAUGUUCGCAGAGGGCGAGGAGAUGUACCUUCAAGGUUCUUCCAUCUGGCACCCGGCGUGUCGACAAGCAGCCAGAACUGAAGACAAAAACAAGAUGCAGACCCAGGUUGGCACCCAGGUUUGCCCGGGCACCGCCCGCUGGGCCUUGCAGGAAACCAGAACUUCCUCCGAGAGCAUCAUUUCUGUGCCUGCCUCCAGCACCUCAGGGUCUCCCAGCCGUGUGAUCUAUGCUAAGCUGGGAGAUGAGAUUCUCGACUACAGAGACCUGGCUGCUCUUCCUAAAAGCAAGGCCAUCUAUAACAUUGACCGCCCCGACAUGAUCUCCUACUCGCCCUACAUCAGCCACUUGGCGGGAGACAGGCAGAGCUGCGGCGAGUCCCCUCAGUUACUCUCGCCAACGCCGACUGAGGGGGAUCAGGAUGAUCGUUCGUACAAGCAGUGCCGGACCUCCAGCCCGAGCUCCACUGGGUCAGUCAGCCUCGGGCGUUACACCCCGACCUCACGGUCGCCCCAGCACUACAGCCGUCCAGCUGGUACUGCGAGUGUUGGUACCAGUAGCUGCCUGUCCCUGUCCCAACACCCAAGCCCUACAUCCGUGUUCAGACAUCAUUACAUCCCCUACUUCCGAGGCAGUGAAAGUGGCCGGAGCACCCCCAGCCUCUCCGUGCUCUCCGACAGCAAGCCUCCCCCCAGCACCUACCAGCAGGCUCCUCGACAUUUCCACGUCCCAGACACUGGCGUAAAAGAUAACAUCUAUAGGAAACCCCCCAUCUACAAACAGCAUGGUCCUGUAGCCCAGUCCCCAAUUUCCCAGCUCUCGGGCCUGAUGUCAGUCUUGUCCUUGGUGGCGCACAAGGCAGGGUGCUCCAAAAGCCCUCCGCAGGCUGCAGCCUCGAGGCGACUGGAUGGGGAGGAUGGAAGUUUGGACCAGGAUAUCAGGAAGCAGAAGGCCAGCUGGUUGAUUCUCAAGGAGGACGCACACACUAGGACAAACUCCCCAGACCUAGACAGCCAGUCUCUGUCCCACAGUAGUGGGCCCGAGAGAGACCCUCUCCAAACAAUGCCAGGAGACAACUUUUACUCACGAUUCCCCUAUUCCAAAUCUGACCCUCUCCCAGGACACGGCAAGAAUGGCUUGGACCACCGGAACGCCAAUCUGGCCUCUUGUGGAGCAGACCCGGAUGCCAGCUGGGGCACGCGAGAAUACAAGAUCUACCCUUAUGAUGCCCUCAUCGUCACAAACCGAAUUCGUGUGAAACUGCCCAGAGAUGUGGACCGGACGAGACUGGAGAGACACUUGUCUCCGGAGGAGUUCCAGGAGGUGUUUGGGAUGAACAUGGAGGAGUUUGACCGCCUGGCCCUCUGGAAGAGGAAUGACCUCAAGAAGAAAGCCCUGUUGUUUUGAUGGCCACCAGGACAGGACGCCUGACCACGUGCGCCAGUGGCCAAGCUCCGAUCACCUGGUGGGAACCACACAGACCCCUCCUAUUGCACUGGCUCUGGCUUCUCUGUGUCUCUGGGGUGGGUGCUGGGGACUGGGCGGGAACAGGUCCCACAGCAGGUGCAGCCCGUGACAUCCCUGCCCAUAGUUCGGGGCCCAGGUGCCUCGCUUUGGACCCAUCCUCCCCCGCUGUGCUUGGUAUCAGGGAGAUGGUGCAAGGUGGCUGUCCGAGGAGAUGGAGGAACAUUUAGACAACCACAGCCCACCUUCCCUUCCUCCGUGUAGUGCCCCGGCCCCCGCACUAGGCCCUUGGGGUACACAGGUGACCGGGACUUGAGAUUGGAGGAAGCUUGUCAAUGACAGGCACUGACACAAUCAUAGGUGGGUGGGCACAGGGUCCCCUCCCGCAUCCACAGCCCCCCACCCACCCGCUCAGCCCAGGAGGCACAGCCUUGCACACAGACGGCGUCUGGCUCGAGGGCCGACAGGCCGGCGUGCCCAGGGCCGUACCAAGCGUGGGGUGCACGAUUUUUGCAGCCGUUUGUGACGAGUCUCUCUUUAGGGACAAACGUCAUCAACCUGACAGGGUACCUUCCUCCAGGACCCUCUGUGCACUGCAUUUUUCUUCCAAAUCAUCCCUUAGAUGCCUAAAUGAUAUCUUUAACAUAAAAGGUUUUAUUUUAUUAAAAAGUAUAGCCUACUUAAACAUAAGAUGACAUAUAUAAAGAGUUUAAUUUUCCGGUCCCACUGAGGGGAGCACUUCCAGCCUUAUUCUCCGCUGUUCGGAUCUGUGUGGUUUCAGUUCUCAGUGUGCUCCUCAAACAUGGGACUCCUUGUCUGUUUUCUUUUUGCUCUUUUUCUUCCAUGCCUGUCACACAGGUACCCUGAAAGACAGACCCCCUUCUCAAUUAAUGCUGUUUGUAAGUACUUGUGAAGUAUGGCCACUGCUGUUAUUUUCCAAGUCUUGGAGAGGAAAAAAAAACCCCUCUUCUGACAGCCAAAGUCCCAAAAUAAAGAAUUUCCUUGUGCCCAGCCUAAUACCCAAUGUGGCUUUUGGUGACGUAGCCAGUGGGGUCCCACCUUCCCACAGAAUGCAAACACACCCCGGGAGUGAGCGAUGCCUCGUGUGUGGUCCCAAGACAGACACCGCCCGACACUUGCGGGGAGAAGGCAGGAGAUGCUCCUUGAUCUGCCCGGUCAGUACAGCAUCCCAAGCAGAGACCACCGGUCCCCAACUGAAGGGUGCUGUCUGUCAUUAGGCAUGGGUUAAGGUGCGGUACCUGUCACAGAGUGUUUGUGAAGUGCAUUGAGAGGCCUACGAAACACUAGGAAGGUGUCACCCACGUCUGUUUCCGAGUCUUCUGUGGAGCUGUGUCUUUCUGUGUGUCCUGGAUGUCCCCACCCUUGAGUCUGCGUCACUCCGCUUCCUUCCAGCCCCGUAACACGCCACCUCCCUGUCUUGCCCCCGGCUUCUCACCAGCCCGGCUUGGCCAGGGAAGGUCAAUGCCAGCACUUAAUAUGCGUCCUUCCACUUAGCAGUUUGAGCCUGGCAACUGGAAACUCCCACUUCUCUUAUCAGUGCAAUGUCAUGUCUGACCCAGUGAAGCCUGGGAAAAUAAAGGACGAUGUAUUAUAAGUGG